GUACUCAGUAGAUUAGCUUGACCUGCCUAUCCACCAUUCAGUCUGUGCAUUUUCUUUCCUCUGUUCUCUUUUAAAGAUUGGAUGAGGUGGGCCUCAUACACAUCUUCGCCUUGGACCCCAAUUUGCUAAAUCCGCCACUGCUCAUAACGUCAUAUUGGGAAGAAAUCGUUGUCACUGGAACUGACUGGUUCCGAUCCUGGCCCGUCCUUCAGCAGUCAGUCCCCCAUUGUGAGGGAUAAGAACGGCAGCGACGAUGUGGAUGAAGAUGGAGAGAACCUCGUCAGAGAGGAUCCAUCCGCCAAGAUUCAGUGUUGUAGAAAAACACACAUUGCGACGCUACAUGCGCCAGUGCCUCUUUCUCCUGUACGGUGCCAUGUUUGUGGUGCUGUUAUUGAAGGUCUACUACCCUGUGUCAUUACCAUCACCAAACUGCUCCCAACUCCUGGAACCCAUCCCUACUAAGAAAAUCCUUAAACUGCUCUUUGCUGGGACAUGGAUCCUGCAGGAGGCGUACUCUAUUGACUCCAUUGAUCUGUAUGCCCUGACCCACGCCAAGAGUUCAUGGGCAAAGUUCACCUGGGGGCCCAACGGCACCAUCCACCUGGACAUGGGCCACCUGCUGAGUGUCCCGAACAGGACAAUGUGGUGUGUCCACCACCACUUCAACGGCAUUGUACUUGGCAAAAACACACUUCACCUCCAUCUGCCUAAUUUCGGGGCGUCAGCGAAGUUCCAAUUCCUCAAGGCCUGCAAUGAGUGUCUGGUCAUGACGGCUAAAGCACAUGUGCCUCGAUAUGGUGCUCUGGACUACCUGUUUACCUAUGGUCUAUAUUCAGAUUUACACGAGUAUUACAUCCGACCAACCAGACUGCAGGCCUCCUGCAAGGGCCUGGUGACCCCGCCCCCUUUCAAGUAUCAUGGAGCAGAACUCUGCCUUAAUGACACAAAUGAGAGCAAUUAUCAAAGUCCCGAAACGCGUGACCAAAACUUGACAACUUGCAUCUUUUAAUCCAUGGCAAUAUGUUGAUUGUGUCAAUACCUGUAACAUCCUGUAACAAUAUACAAACUGUUCAUAUUGUAUAUUAAUGAUAUUUGUAAUGUUUCAAAUGUCUUGAGGUUGGUUUUGUUUGCUGAUGACACUAAUAUUUUCUGUUCUGGGGAGAAUUUAAAACAACUAGAAAAAAUCAUCACUAAGGAAAUGAGCAAAAUAAAAACAUGGUUUGAUACAAACAAACUAUCAUUAAACUUAAGCAAAACAAAAUUAAUGUUAUUUGGUAACUGCAGAAAAAACACAGAAAUACAUAUAAAUAUAAAUGGAGUUGAAAUUGAAAGAGUUUACGAAAAUACAUUUCUUGGGAUUAUAAUCGACGAACGAUUCAGUUGGAAAUCACACAUUACACACGUACAAUCAAAACUAUCAAGAAGCAUUUAUGUAUUAAACAAAGUAAAAUUGGUUCUAGAUCAAAAAUCACUCCGUAUUCUCUACUGUUCACUAGUCUUACCAUACCUCAAUUACUGUACGGAAGUCUGGGGCAACACGUACAAAACUUCAUUACAUUCACUUACUAUUCUCCAAAAAAAAGCCAUUCGCAUUAUUCACAAUGUGAGAUAUCUGGAUCACACUAACCCACUAUUCAUACGGUCAAAAUUAUUAAAAUUCACAGAUCUGGUGGAAUUUCAAACCACACAGAUAAUGUUUAAGGCUAAAAUCAACAUAUUACCCUUAAACAUACAAAAAUUAUUCAGUGAUCGUGAGGGGGGUUAUAAUUUAAGGGGAAAAUUACAUUUCAAAGUGAACGGCGUCCGUACGACCAGGAAAAUGUUUUGUAUUUCAAUAUGUGGUGUAAGACUGUGGAACAGUUUGAGUGGGGAGAUCAAGGAAUGUCCAAACAUUAAUCAGUUUAAAAUAAAAUACAAAGAAUUGAUUUUUACAAGGUACAGGGAUGAAGAAGGUGUCUAACAUAGUGUAUAUGUUUUCAUGUAUGUAUAUAUUGGACAAUCACUUUAGAAUAUUGAAUGUUUAAUUAGAUAUUAUUAAAAGAUAACUUGACAAUAUUAUUAGAUAAAUACGCAGGUAGUAAUGAAUUGUAUCAUAUUGUAAACUAAUGUAUAUUAAUAUACAAUUAUUUAAACUAAUGUAUAUUAAUAUACAAUUAUUUUUUGAUGAUUAUUAUAUAAGGAAGCUAAUCAUUAUAGAUUAAUAAAUUAGGAAGAAGGGGUGAGAUUAAAUAAGUUUUCUUCUUCUCACCCCUUUUCGAACAGGUAAAGCAAGUGUAAGACAGUUUCUUCUUUUGUGGUUUUCAUUGUGUGUAAACAUUACUUUAUUGUAACUGUCCACUUGUUUCAUUUAUUUGAUUGUUUAUUAUUAUUAUUUUUUAUUAUUAUUUACUUGUUUGAAAUAAAAACUUUUUCAAUUCAA